ACCAAAUUCUUGACGAAUUUACGAAAAGAAAUUUUAGCAUAGAUAAAAAAAGCACGGUACAUUAUCAAAAAAGUGUCGAUGCUUUCAAAUAUGAUACGUUAGAAGAAAUGAAAGACUUAAUUUUACGUUCUAAAUAUGACAUAAUGCCAACAACAGACUGUUUGUUGGGCGAAAUCGAAAUGCAAAAUCUACAAAAGAAAUAUCCUAUUUUGUAUCUAAUUUUACAUCGUUUACAUUUCAUUACCUUGCUAAAAUUUUUAGCGCCAUGUCUAAAAUGGCACAGAACAAUUGCUGUUCUUGGAUGUUUUUACCUUAAAAAGUGUGAUUGUAGAAAGAUGCAGACAGGAGAUUUCUUAAAAACAAAGAUUGGUAAAAAGAAAAAAUCAAUAAAAACACAUUUUGAUCAUUUUAUUACGUACUGGAAGGAUUUGUUUUCUAAUGAAAAUUUUCAAAUGAUACGAAAUAUUGAACCCCGACUUCGUAAUCUUACAGAAUUCAAAGAAACUGAACCGAUUGAAAAAUUACUGAUAUUGGAUGAAUCAUCUUCAUUAUAUUUGACAAUAAAAACUUUGGUAGAUGUUCAAAACAGUAUAUUAGAUGAAGUCCUCGAUAUCACUUGUUCAAAGAGAUGCACCGCAACUUCAUUUUGUGGAAAAUAUAUUUCCAAUAAAUAUAUUGCCACGUUUCCUGUCGUUCCAGUGAUGGACAUGUCGGACAUUGAAAUCAUUCCAGACUUCUUUCCAGAUUAUGCUAUGAUUUAUGCACAAAGAAGCAAUCGUUUACAGUGUUCAAAAGUAGUAUUUGACUUUGGAAAAAUUGAAGCUGAGGCUGCCGUUCAUUUUUUUUUAAGAGCAAAAUAUAUUCAAUUUGAAAAGCAGAAGGUUAUGAUAACAUUCAAAGAUGAUAUAGCACAAAGUUCAGUUGCUAGACUUAAACACAUUCACGGUUUUUAUCCUCGAAUAGAUGCAAAUGAUCAUAGACUAGAAAAUGUUUUGUUGAAGCUCCGUUUAAACUCCAGUGAGGCAAAUCACAAUCUUCUAACCGUUCUCGGAAUUAUUAUUGCUACACUUCCAUCACCUCCCAUGGACCCAGACAAAUUCCUUUCGCAGUACCUUACAGAACACAAAAGCGAUUUCUCGUUACUAUCGAGUGAGAUUGACACGCCUACCGACGCUCGAAUGAAGGACAUCGUGGAUAUUUAUGAAAAGCUUGAAGAAAUCAAUGGAGAAUACUUUCUUGAAACUCAUCCACGAAAUUUUAACGAAGACCCCCCGGAUUUUGUAGUUUUCAAAUUUAAUAGGAGUAAGGAAGAUCAAUGGAAAAAAAUACAUCGAGGAAUAAAGGUGUUUGCACAUAGAUCACUGUUGAAUUCAGAGGCUGUAGAACUUGAAGCAGAGCUGAGGAGCUAUAUGCAAGAUGAGACGUUUUGGCCAAUAAGUGUGACAGAUGAGGAAAGAAAACAUUUGCAAGAAAUGAUGCCAUCUGCAAUUUUAGUAAAGCACAUUUGUAAAGUGUAUGACCGCAUCAAAACGAAUAUAGAGAUUCCAGAAUCAUUUGAUAAUGAAAAGCAGUCUAGAGGGCCAAAUUCAGGGAAAAUCUUGGCAAUGAAUUUAACUCGCACGUCUUUAUGUCGUACGUAACAAUUAAAUAUGUACAGAACAAUUUAAAAUUUCCAUUGCUUCAUGCUCAGAAAUGUUCUAAAGCCUUCGCAUCGGAUUCCUAUUUUAAUCAUAUGACAAUCUGUUUUUGUAAAAUUCCUCUUAUGAUAGAA